CAUUCAAAAAGAUUGAAUCUAAUUAAAAUGACUGACAAUAAUAAUGUUUAUAAUUUGCCAAUUUGUUCACGCAAAUGACAGUCAGCUUGGUUCACUUCUUUUUAGAUAAAACUCAGGAUGAAGUUGCAUUGGAAGGCAUUUCCAACAGUUCCACUGUUGAUUUUGUUCGGGUUUUUCCUUAGCUUAGAAUGCUUCAGCGCUCCAUCGUCCGAUGUGACUUACGAGGACAUCAAAGCUAUAAAUGCAACAUGCAAAGGCUUAGACUCUUGUGAAUUACCAAAAAGAGAGAAUGCGCAUGAACAUUGCAACUGUGGUAGCUCCUGCAGUCUUCUCGGAACAUGCUGCGUGGACUCAAAAUUUAGAAACAAUUACGUAGUACCUCUAAAAAACGUUGAAUGCGCUUUCAAUAUUUAUGACAAAAAGCACCGUUAUGUACCGAUGAUAAGUAGUUGCGAUCCGGAUAUGCAAUCCGAUGAAACCAACCGAAAACUCUGCAACAGUACUGCUGAAGAACUAAACGAUCCCUUUUUAAAAAUACCCGUUACUGAUCCCGUAACAGGUAUUUCGUACAGGAACUAUUAUUGCUUCGCUUGCAACAGGAAUUACGGAGAAGAACAACCAAUACCAUGGAAUUUUAAAAUACAAAGCGGUUGUAUACGUAAACCAUUUCUAACAAACAAUACAAUACCGCCUCUCCGUUAUGAUAGUUACAAAAAGACGUGGGUUAUGGACUACGACGACAAAAUGUCAAUCGACGUUUUCUUAAAUACAACCAUUCCUGAAGAAUUGAAGAAUGUUACACCUUAUUGUUAUAAUCAUCACAUCGUGUCAGAAUGCGAUUCCGAAUGGACUGAUGACGACAUCGAAAAGAAAUGUUUAUCUUAUAUGGCUCUGGCGAGAAUUAUAAGUAGUGACGGUUUUUCAAUUAAGUACUAUCGUAAUCCGCAUUGCGCCAUUUGCAAUUAUGAGAGCAUAGAUAAUUUGAUGUGUCUCGUAACGGAAGAGAUUUACGGUUGGAAGGAUUGGAAAACGGAUAUUUUACUUGUGAAAUUAUUCUCUCUUCAAGACAAAACUACAAAAUGUGACGAUAACAUGAUAUACGAUCAUUUUUCAAAGAAGUGCAGAAGGAUAUACAAAUCAAGGAGGCGUGGAGGAGAUAGACUAAUAGGAGGAUAGAGAUUAGUUAUGAGAUAAAAACAACAACAACAAAAAACAUGUUGCUGCUAUUUUGCUACUCGUGUCAUACCAAAAAUUGUUUUUUUAAUUAAUUUUCUAUGAUUUAUCAUUAAUUCAGUUUCUUCAAAAGGAGUUCAGUGAUUGGAAAUGAGUAUUUAUAGUACAGCGAUUUUUUUUUAUGAAAUGAAUUAGUUUCUAAAGAGUUCCAAUCUUUUACGAAGAAGAAUAUGUAUUUUAAUUUAAAUUUAAUUAAACUACGUGAAUUUAA